AUGUGGAAUGGCUCUGGCAAUAACAGACUCCGGCCCAGCCCACCCAUCCUCAAACCAAAUCAGAUGUCAUGGCACCCCCAGUACCGCAGCUCCAAGUUCCGACACGUCUACGGCAAGCCCGCCAGCAAAGAGAACUGCUACGACUCGGUGCCCAUCACGCGCAGUGUCCAUGACAACCACUUCUGUGCCGUGAACCCCCAUUUCAUCGCUGUGGUCACUGAAUGCGCCGGCGGGGGGGCCUUCCUCGUCAUCCCCUUGCACCAGACAGGAAAGUUGGACCCUCACUACCCCAAGGUCUGCGGGCACAGAGGGAACGUCUUGGACAUCAAGUGGAAUCCUUUCAAUGACUUUGAGAUCGCCUCCUGUUCUGAAGAUGCCACGAUUAAGAUCUGGAACAUCCCCAAGCAACUGUUGGCAAGGAACCUCACGACCUACAGGAAGGAGCUGGUGGGUCACGCACGCAGGGUGGGGCUGGUGGAGUGGCACCCCACGGCUGCCAACAUCCUCUUCAGCGCUGGCUAUGACUACAAGGUGAUGGUGUGGAACCUGGACACAAAGGAGUCUGUGGUUGCAAGCCCCGUGAAGACAAUCGCCUGUCACCAAGAUGUGAUCCUCUCCAUGUCCUUCAACACCAACGGCAGCCUGCUGGCCACUACCUGUAAGGACCGCAAGAUUCGCGUUGUCGACCCCCGACUAGGGACUGUCCUCCAGGAAGCCAGCUACAAGGGGCACCGGGCCAACAAAGUGCUGUUCCUGGGAAACCUCAAGAAGCUGCUGUCCACGGGCACAUCCCGAUGGAACAACCGGCAGAUGGCCCUGUGGGACCAGGACAACCUUUCUGUGCCCCUCACAGAGGAGGACCUGGAUGGCUCCUCGGGUGUGCUGUUUCCCUUCUACGACUCAGACACCAGCAUGCUGUACAUUGUGGGGAAGGGAGAUGGGAACAUACGAUACUAUGAGGUGAGCGUUGAGAAGCCUUACCUGAGCUACCUGACUGAGUUCCGCUCCUACAACCCACAGAAAGGGAUCGGUAUCAUGCCAAAGAGAGGUCUCGAUGUGUCUUCCUGUGAGAUCUUCCGCUUCUACAAGCUGAUCACAACCAAAAGCCUCAUUGAGCCCGUGUCCAUGAUUGUACCCCGGAGGUCAGAAUCCUACCAAGAGGACAUCUACCCACCCACGGCAGCUGCUCAGCCCUCCCUGACAGCCCACGAGUGGCUCAGCGGAAUAAACAGAGAGCCCAUCAUGAUGUCCCUUCGACCUGGCUCCGAGCCGCUGGAGCCCCAGCCACUGCCUCUAGAGAAGAAACCUUUCUCCAAAUCUAUGGUCCAAGUUUCACCUGGGCUCUUGGAGCCCAUGGCACAACUGGCCACCAAUGAUGACCGGACACCCCGCUCUCUGCUGGAAGCGAAGACACCAAAGUGGGCCACAGAGCAACGGCUGGAGGAGAAGUCCUGGCUCACCAAUGGCACUGAUAUUUUUGAAUGUCCCCCACCAAAGACAGAAAAUGAGCUGCUGCACAUGUUCUACCGGCAACAGGAGGAGAUCCGGAGGCUCCGGGAGCUGUUGAUGCAGAGGGAGGUCCAGACCAAGCAGCUGGAACUGGAGAUCAAGAACCUGCGGAUGGGCUUAGGACAGUUCUGA